AUGCAAGCACUCAAAUGUGUCGUCGUUGGUGAUGGUGCCGUUGGAAAAACAUGUUUAUUGAUAUCUUACACAACAAAUACAUUUCCAGGAGAAUAUAUUCCAACUGUGUUCGAUAAUUACUCGGCAAAUGUGAUGGUAGAUGGAAAACCAAUUAAUUUAGGAUUAUGGGACACAGAUGUAUUUUUGAUUUGUUUUUCAUUAGUUAGUCCAGCAUCGUUCGAAAACGUCCGAGCAAAAUGGUAUCCAGAAGUCAGUCAUCAUUGCCCGAAUACUCCUAUUGUGUUGGUUGGCACAAAAUUAGAUUUAAGAGAUGAUAAAAUAGCUAUUGAAAAGUUAAAAGAGAAAAAAUUAAAUCCAAUAACAAGUAUUCAAGGUGAAUCGAUGCGUAAAGAAGUGGGCGCAAUUAAAUAUUUGGAGUGUUCAGCAUUAACACAAAAAGGACUUAAAACCGUCUUCGAUGAAGCCAUUCGCGCACAUCUAUGUCCAAAACCAAAACCCAAAAAAAAAUUAUGUACGUUACUUUAG